UGUCCAUCGCCCACCAUGGACCACGAGAAGGUACUCGCGCAUGAUGAGAAGACGGCCGUCCCCCACCCGGCCGUCGAGACGCAUCACGACCACCACGAAGGAGAAUGGCGUGAAAAGGAGGACUUCAUGACCCGCAAUGGUCUCAACCUCGCGUCCUUUCAGCGCCGCCCAAGGGGCGGCGAACUCAUCGUCCUCGACAAGUCGAUGAAGACGCGCCAUCUGCACAUGAUUGCCAUCGGUGGUUCCAUCGGUGCUGGUUUCUUCGUCGGUUCCGGCGGCGCCCUCAACAAGGGUGGUCCCGCUUCUCUCCUGAUUGAUUUCUCCCUCAUGGGUGUUAUGAUCUUCAACGUCGUCUACGCUCUUGGUGAACUCGCUGUCAUGUACCCCGUCUCCGGUGGUUUCUACACUUACUCGUCUCGCUUCAUCGAUCCAUCAUGGGGUUUCGCCAUGGGCUGGAACUACGUCUUCCAAUGGGCUAUCGUCUUGCCGCUCGAACUCAACGUCGCCGCGCUUACCGUCCAAUAUUGGGACGGCGCGAAACCCAUUAGCGUUGCCGUCUUCAUCACUGUCUUCUGGGUCUUCAUCAUCUUAAUCAACGUCUUCGGUACGCUGGGAUACGCUGAAGAAGAAUUCUGGUCGUCCUGUCUCAAGCUCUCCGCCACCGUCAUCUUCAUGAUCAUUGCCUUGGUCCUCGUUCUCGGUGGAGGCCCCAGUAAUGGCAAAUACAAUGAAUACUAUGGUGCCCGCAACUGGUAUGAUCCGGGCGCCUUUAACAACGGAUUCAAGGGUUUCUGUUCCGUCUUCGUCACCGCUGCUUUUGCCUUUUCUGGUACUGAGCUAGUCGGUCUGGCUGCCGCCGAGACCGCGAACCCUCUCAAGUCCCUUCCGGGUGCUAUCCGUCAGGUCUUCUGGCGUAUCACCUUGUUCUACGUUCUCGGUCUCACUUUCGUCGGUCUCCUCGUCCGUUCUGACGAUGAGCGUCUCCUUGGUGCUGAGGGUGGCGGUGCCAACACCUCGCCCUUCGUCAUUGCUGGCAAGGAUGCUGGCCUCCGUGGAUUCGACUCAUUCAUGAACGUUGUCAUUCUCGUAUCCGUCGUCUCCAUCGGUGUUUCUGGUAUCUACGGUGGAUCGCGUACCCUCGUUGCGCUCGGUGACCAAGGUUAUGCUCCCAAGAUCUUCACCUACGUGGACCGCUCUGGACGUCCUUUGUAUGCCGUCGGCUUCGUUCUUCUGUGGGGUGGUCUCGCCUACAUGAACUUGGCUGCUACUGGUGUAGUAAUCUUCGACUGGUUCGUUGCCUUGUCCGGUCUUGCUGCCCUCUUCACCUGGGGCUCCAUCUGCCUGGCCCACAUUCGUUUCCGCAAGGCGUGGGCCUACCACGGACAUACUCUCGAUGAGAUUCCAUUCAAAGCUGCUGGUGGUGUCAUCGGCUCUUGGGUCGGUCUUGCCAUCAUCUUCGUCGUCCUCAUCGCUCAGUUCUACACCGCCGUCUCCCCUCUUGGCAAGAAGCUUGGUACUGCCGAAGACUUCUUCAAGGCUUACCUUGCCCUGUUCGUCGUCGCCGUCUUCUGGAUUGCUGGAUAUCUCUGGAAGCGUGAGGGUUGGCUCAGGACUGCUCAGAUGGACGUCGAUACCGGUCGUCGUGAGCUCGACUGGGACCUAAUCAACCGGGAGCGCGAGGAGAUGAAGACCUGGCCCGCCUGGAAGCGCGCGUUUGCUCGUAUUUUCUAAACACCUGCCAUGAUUUGAAGUUGCAUUGUCUGCGUCAUAUCUUGGUGUUUGUAUAAUGCGGCUAGGGGUGUCUUGUUCAGAUAUAGUCGUGACGAACGUCGAUGUUUUUCAA